AUGUGCAACUAUGUGAAAGUUACAAAGAAGUUUCUUUCUAUGAGGAGAAGGUUGAGGUGCUUUGAAAUAAUAGCCCUAAGACAAGAGUGUAGCUCAUAUUUGCAAAACAAGUUGCCUCCAAAAAUGAAAGAUCAUGGGAGUUUCACCAUACCAUGCAGUAUUAGAGACUCCUAUUGUGGAAUGGCAUUGGGCGAUUUGGGAGCAAGUAUCAACUUGAUGUCGAUGUUUGUGUUCAACCAAUUAGGUAUUGGUGAGGCUAGACCAACUACUGUUACACUUCAACUGGUAGUUAGAUCAUUAGCACAUCUUGAUGGGAAGAUCAAAGACGUGUUGGUACAUAAAAAAGUCCCUAUCAUUCUGGAGAGGCCUUUCUUGGCAACUGGUAAAACAUUGACCGAUGUGCAAAAAUGUGAACUCACUAUGCGAAUUCAAGAUGAACAAGUGACCUUUAAUGUGCUCAAGGCCAUAAGAUCUCCUAAUGGGAUUAAAGAAUAUUCUGUUGUUCCCAAGAUGUUAGAAAAACUUGUUGGGCGAGAGUAUUAUUGCUUCUUAGAUGGGUAUGAUUGUUUCAAAAAAUGGCCUUUUGACACUGCUUCGGACAAAGACAACUCCAAUAGCAAUUGA